AUGGCAGAGGGUGGUGAUGUAGUCAUUGAUGAUCUGGUUGGUCAGUUUCAGGCAAUGUUAUCAAAUUUGAGUCCUGGAAACAGGGAACGUGUACUGUUGUCUUUAGUUUCAUCUGAAUCGGAAGUUAAAUUUCAGUCUUCUGUUCCAGCAUUUUGUCCCAAGCCUAGUACUGGUGAUACAACUAAAGAUGUAAGUUUUGAACAAUGGAGGUUGGAAAUAUUAGGUCUACAAACGGAAAAUUUAUAUACGGAAGUAUCAAUUUUAAAUGCUGCUCGACGCGCUGCUAGGGGUACUGCUGCCGAAUUAUUGUUUAGACCCACUAUUUGGCGAGAUCUUGUCUGCAGAGUCGUUGAUGACGAAGCUAUAUUCAGCUGCACAAAAAGAUACGGAAACAACUUCCACAUGGGCUGUUAG